UCUUAGUUCUCUCUGACUUGAUCACAGAUACUGACAAAGGGGGGAAAAACAAUAAUUAAAAGUCUGAAGACACGCAGCACUUUGUUUUCUCUAAAUGACAGAAGCAUGCAGCAUUGAAGUUACUUCAGAAAAAUCAGCAAGUCAAAAGAUUUGAGAACCUACAAGACACUAAAAUGGCAGAAAUUGCAAUCCUUGAAUGCAGGUCCCGUAGUGUGCUGAGCUGGGAACAAGUAAAUCGCUUAAAUGAGGUACUGACUGAGGCUGUCCCAGUUCAUGGACGUGGCAACUUCCCUACUCUGGAGAUAAGACUAAAGGACAUUGUCCAGAUAGUCAGAAACCGCUUGGAUGAGAAAGGAAUUAAAGUCAAAGAUAUCUGUUUAAAUGGGUCCACUGCCAGUCAUGUUUUGGUGGAAGACAAUGGCUGGUGCUACAAGGACCUGGAUCUAAUCUUUAGGGUGGACCUCCCAAGUGAGACUGAAUUCAAGAUUAUCAAAGAUGUAGUUUUGAGUGCACUAUUAGAUUUCCUGCCAGAAGGGGUGAACAAGGACAAAAUUACGUCCAUGACUCUUAAAGAGGCGUAUGUUCAAAAACUAGUGAAAGUUUCCACAGAACUGGACCGCUGGAGCUUAAUUUCCCUGUCGAACAACAAUGGCAGAAACGUGGAGUUGAAAUUUGUCGACUCAAUCCGACGGCAGUUUGAAUUUAGUGUUGACUCCUUUCAAAUAAUCCUGGACUCCUUGCUCUUUUAUUAUGACUGCUCAGAGAAUCCCAUGUCAAAGCAUUUCCAUCCAACUGUAAUCGGAGAGAGUGUGUACGGAGACUUUGAGGUUGCGUUGGACCAUCUGAAGAACAAACUUAUAGCCACCAAGAACCCAGAGGAGAUCCGUGGUGGUGGGCUGCUGAAAUACUGCAAUCUUCUGGUCAGGGACUUCAAGCCGACAGAUGAGGAGGAAUUCAAAAACCUGGAGCGCUACAUGUGUUCCCGGUUUUUCAUAGACUUCCCAGACAUUGUGGAGCAACAGAGGAAGCUGGAAUCCUACCUGCAGAGCCAUUUUAUUGGUGAGGAAAAAAGCAAGUACGAUUACCUCCUGAUCCUCCGCCGGGUUGUCAAUGAGAGCACAGUGUGCCUUAUGGGACAUGAGAGGAGGCAGACUCUGAACUUGAUCUCUCUUAUUGCCUUCCGGGUUCUAGCUGAGCAAAACGCCAUACCUGAUGCAUCCAGUGUCACCUGUUACUACCAGCCAGCCCCCUAUGUUAGAGACUUGAAUUUCAGUAAUUAUUACAUAGCCUCCUGCAACCAGUCUUAUCCAACUUGGCUGCCAUGCAGUUGAACAAGAGAAAAGGCACUUGAUGGGGGUGGGGGUAUAAAGGGUCCAGGAAUUGAAGGUUUUGGUAUCUGUCCACUUGGAUGAAAGUAAUAAAUCAUAAAGUGGACAGUAAUUUCAACAUUUAGAAAUUGAUGGCUUGCUUUUGUUUAUUUUCUUUUGAGUUGCUGUUUUAGUUUUCUUAGGGCCCUACAGACAUUAAAGUACAUUUUGAACUCUUUACUCGGUGGGGGGGGCUGUACAAAAUGAGCUUUACCUAGCUUGUGUUGCAAAUGUACUCUACAAAUUCAGAAUACUUUUAUUUGAGGGGCGUUAUAGUUUAUGGACAUAAAUCCUAUUUUGAAUCGGAAAAUGUUGAAAAGAUUAAUUGGAGAGAUGGAGGGAAAAAAAUCCAAAAAAAGUUUAAAAGUUGUUGGCUGUUAAGUCUUGCAUUUUAUUAACUGCUAUCCAAACACCAAAAAAAUUAUAAAAGUGGGGUUUACAAAAAAAACAAAAAAAAAAGUUUAAAUAAAUGUAAUAAAUAAAAGGUUGGUGAAUAUUGCACACAGCUUUUGCACAAUGACUUUUGAACAAAUGCAUUUUGUGUGGGUGAAAUUAUUUAUGCAAUUAAAAUUAAGUACAGUGGGUAACAGCUUAAGUGUUGGGCUUGGAAGACCCUUUAUACAUUGGUGCUUUAUUAUUUAAAUGGUAUAAUCAUUUUGUUGUUUUGUAUACAUGCAUAGUGCUGCAGACAAGUUCAAUGAUUCAUAAAUUCUACUUGCCCUUGUAAAAGGUUAUUCUCUGCUAUUCCCUUUUUACUUGCAGUCAACCCACGCCACCACCCCACCUCACUCUACUCCCCCUUGAGGGGCUAUUGUAAAAGUAACUACUACUCAGAUGUGCAAAUUCAUAUUUGGAGCAGUGUAGUUUGUAAUCCCACCUACAGAUUUAAUUAGAAUAAUGUAGUCUAGUACUUGUUUAGCUUCCUUUUCUAAUUCUGUUUAAAGUUCCUUUGUACAUUACAGACUGAUAGUUAAGGAAUGGUAUGAUUUUACUGAAAAGAAAAUAUAUAUAAGUAACAAGUACGCUUGAUGCAGCCUUUCAGUUCUAGCUGGUAUUGUGGGCUUUACUUUAAGUUCCUGGAUUUUUAUUAAGCCAGUUAGCCUGUGUGAAAUUCUGUUUGUCAGAUUCAUAGAAGCGGCAGUCAGGGAGUGUGCUGAGUGAGCCUUUUUGAUGUUUGUUUUAUAUAAACUACCAUGCCCUGUUGCAGGAGAACAGGAUUUGGAAUCCCAUUGAAAGUGAAAGGCAGUCUCGUCUAACUUUACAGUAUAUCCACUAGAUUUGUUCAGUAUUCUUCCCAGUAGGGCAAUUCAGGUAUAGUAUAGUAUGCCAUACCACAAGCUUUUCUGGCGUUUUUGGUAGGCCUGGGAAUCUACUCCAAAAAUGUGCCUCUGACUGUGAAUCAUUCUUUCAGAAGGUCCUGGGGACCCCCUUGUGUCUGCUGGGUUUAUUUCCAACGGAGCUCCCCAUUACUUAACUAGACCCUUAAUUUAACUAAUAAUUUUACCUUUUGUAGUUGUUGCCAACUCUUAAACGGUUGCAGAGUUCAAGUUACUUCUAAAAUGUUGUAGCUAACUUGAACUCUGCAACUGUUUAAGAGCGGAAAACCAUUAAAAAGGUCUAAUUAAGCAAAUUAUCAUUUUAAUUAAGGGUCUAGUUAAGUAAUGGAGAGCUAAGUUGGAAUGAAAACCAGCAGAUACGGGGUCCUGAGGACCAGGGUUGGGAACCAGUGCUUUUAAGGGACAUUUUUGGACCUUGUUGAGCUGUGAGCCUUUACACCUAGUUGCAGCAGUCAUUUAAAGUAACAGCAAGCUAUAAUUAGCUCUGGAAAGUUAAAUGUGUGGUCACGUUGCAUAUCAUUUAUAUACAUACAGAACUAUAUUGUUGUAGAUAAGGCUGUCUGAUCCAUUCAACAUUUUGGUUAAAUGAAAGCACAGGUUUAGAAUUAAGUUUCAAUUGUGGUUCAAGCAUGCAGGAACAGUGUAGUGUGUAUGUGGUGUGUUAUCUGGUUAAACAUGGGGUUGCUGACCUCCCCUCCUGGAGAGCUAUAUACUUCAUGACCGGGUCACAGUAAUCUUCUGUGGAAGAAAAGUGGCAUGUACCUGGGUCGGAGCAUAAUGGACUUUAACCAGGUAGCUGUAGAUUAGGAAUCUGUAAUAUAUGUGAGGAAUCUGUAAUAUAUUGGAGUCUUUUUCAUACUGUUACUUUUUCAGUAAAGUUGCAGUAUUCCAAGUCCAAAAACAAUUGGAGAUUUAAUAACCUGAGGUAUCAAUGAAAAUGUGUUUAGGUUUUAAUGAACAGCUGACUUGGAGCAUUUCUAUUUUCCAUCCUGGAAAUAUUUAAACAACUGCUUGCCAGUUAGCAGAUUUUAAUUCUAUGUUAUGGACUUGCAUUCUUCUCAAGUGUCUUUCGUUUGCUCAUAAAACCAUUAAAUAAGCAUAUCCUGGGUAUCACGGGUAGUAGUUUUCCAUUUCUAGGUGCAUCUAUUCCCAGAGUAAUUAUGUCCCUUGUAAGUACUACAAAUGUACCACAAAACUACAGUUCAGGUAUAAUUGGCUACAAAAUAAAGCUGUUUGACUUUAUAAAUUGUAACUGGAACGGAGCGCUUUUUGGUUUCAGCACUUUAUAUUUCUUUGAUUUAUAAUCAUAUGCCCGAUUUGUAUGUUAUGUUAUUGUGUGUAUGUAUGUGAAGUUCUUGCUCCUUAAAUUAGGAUAUUUAAAGGACUAAAACCUAUUGCAUUUUGUAAAGUGUACCUUGAAAUACAGUGCUUGUCACAUUCUUGAUUUUAAGACUCGCACUCCAUGGGGAAACCUGUACUGGAUUAUUAAAAGUACUUGUUUAAGUUACUGUUUAGUUAAUAUAUUCAGCCUGUCAUUCUGGUUUCAAGAAUCCUGGCAGAGUAAUGUGACUUGCAGUAAACACAACAGUUGCUUUUUUCCCCAAAACGGCCUAUUACUAAACUACUUCAGCUUUUUAUAAUCAGGAAUGAGACAAACCUAAUGACUACCACUGUACUGUAUACUAAAUGUAAUAGUUUUGUUUUUUUAGUCAAGGGGGCAGGGAGAAAUAAAAAACUGCAUCUAAACUUAACAUUACAAUCUGCUUAAAUCUCUGUUUUACACUUUCACUGUUUUUUUUUUUCUUUUCUAAAUAGCAUGCAUGCUAAUGUUUAUUGUUCUACAGAACUGUUUAAAAAAAAAAAAAAGUAAAUAAAUAAACCCCUUUAACUUCU